GGACUACGGCAGGUUCCCACGUGAUCCUGGCCUGCAGUAGCGUGGUUGCAGUGAGGUUCUUGCGCUCCUGAAGGGCGGGCGCGGAAGUAAGAGCAUCCUCAGGCGGUCUGUGACUGGCAGCGAGGUCGAGAGGAGCCACCAGGCAGUGACCGUUUUGCUUCUGCAGCUCGGCUCAGCUCAUUCCGUUAUCUCAGCCUUUGCAGUCUGCACAGAAGCUGACCAAGUUACCUUUGGGUCUUGAGACCUGGGAGAGUGAGGCCCAAACUCGGGACCAACUCCUCAUCCACCUUGCCCUCCCUCUCCUCCAUCUCUUCCUUUGCAUGCACGAAUCGCUUGCUCCUUUGGGCUGGCUUGCUCGGCUGUGCCUGGAGACUAAGUUCGGGUCGGUAAAGGUAACUGUGGGAAAAGCGGCCCCCCAGUGGACAAAGGCGGAGGCAGGGAUAGAGCAGGCCCCGCGGGCCCUGGGCGCUGAGCAUAGGCAGUAGAGAAGGUGAGCCAGAAGAACAGUACUGCGGAUUUAGAAGGCACUGUGAAGGACUUGUUGCGCGAUGGAAGAAUCUGACUCCGAGAAAAAGACGGAGAAAGAGAAUGUGGGCCUAAAAGUGGAGCCUCCUCUAGGGGAGCCGGAAGGAUCGCUUGGGUGGGCAAUGCCAAAUGCAGCCAUGAAGAAAAAGGUGCUGUUGAUGGGUAAAAGUGGAUCUGGUAAGACCAGCAUGAGGUCUAUUAUCUUUGCAAAUUAUAUUGCCAGAGACACACGUCGUCUUGGUGCAACAAUACUAGACCGUAUACAUAGUCUUCAAAUUAAUAGCAGUUUGAGCACCUACUCUCUCGUAGACUCUGUUGGAAAUACAAAGACAUUUGAUGUAGAACAUUCUCAUGUUCGAUUUCUGGGAAACCUGGUUUUGAACCUGUGGGAUUGUGGUGGACAAGACACCUUCAUGGAAAAUUACUUCACUAGCCAGCGUGACAACAUCUUCCGAAAUGUGGAGGUUCUGAUUUAUGUCUUUGACGUGGAGAGCCGUGAACUUGAGAAAGACAUGCACUACUAUCAGUCAUGCCUUGAGGCUAUUCUGCAGAAUUCCCCAGAAGCCAAAAUCUUUUGCUUGGUACACAAAAUGGAUUUGGUCCAGGAGGAUCAGCGAGACUUGAUUUUUAAAGAACGAGAAGAAGACUUAAGGCGUUUAUCGCGUCCGUUAGAAUGUUCUUGUUUCCGAACAUCUAUCUGGGAUGAAACUCUGUAUAAGGCUUGGUCCAGCAUUGUUUAUCAGCUGAUUCCCAAUGUUCAGCAACUGAAAUGAACCUUAUUUGCUGAAAUUAUUGAGGCUGAUGAAGUACUUCUGUUUGAGAGAGCUACCUUUCUGGUGAUUUCUCACUAUCAGUGUAAAGAACAGCGAGAUGCCCACCGAUUUGAGAAAAUCAGCAACAUUAUUAAGCAGUUCAAGCUGAGCUGUAGUAAGCUGGCUGCCUCUUUCCAGAGUAUGGAAGUGAGGAAUUCUAACUUUGCUGCUUUCAUUGACAUAUUCACAUCCAACACUUACGUCAUGGUCGUGAUGUCUGAUCCAUCCAUUCCUUCUGCAGCUACUCUGAUCAACAUCCGCAAUGCCAGAAAACACUUUGAAAAGCUGGAGAGAGUGGAUGGACCAAAACAGUGUCUUCUCAUGCGCUAAACAUUGCCGAAUAUUGUUUCACACUAAAUAAUUGAAACACUGUUUCUUAAUUUUAUUGUAUUCAUAUAUGUAGGCUCUGAAAUAUUGUGAUGCUCACUGCUUCUGUAUUUCUUCUCUACUCUCCAGUCUUAACAUUUAUCUUUGAAUGCUAUUUAUUCAAAUAGCUUGAGGAGUUAGAAGAUGAGGUGUCUAUGAAGUUGAUGUAACGUAUACGUAGGCGAUAUAUGUAAGUGUUCUGAUAACAUGAUUCUAAUGGUGUUUUAAGUGUUCUGAUAACCUGCUUUUAAUAGUUGUGUAUGCCAAAGUCUUUCCCAGAACCUCUUGUAUUCACUAUCAAAUAUAUACAUGUAAGUUUUAAGUAUUACUGUUUUCUCAGCAUGAAUUAAAAAUAUUCCGUAACUCAACCAGGCAACGUAGCUCAUGCCUGUGACCUCAGCAGUUGAGAAGCAGAGACAAGAGGAUUGCUGCAAGUUUGAGGCCAGCCUGUCUACAUAGGGAGGUCCAGGCCAAGUAUAUAUCAAGAUCUUGUUUCAAAAACAAGACACACACACACACACACACACACACACACACACACACACCACUUAACUUCGAUGUAAAUAAACUUCUGCUGUUAGGGA